CUCCUCGUCGCCACGCGCGAUGUCCUACGCGCCGGAUGAGAGCCCGGCCGCGCUCUAUGCUGAGGGCUCCUGGCUCCAGGGCGCUCUCGUCACCUCCUACCUCUAUGGGAUUGUCUUUAUCCUCUACAUCAUGUGCAUCUCCUCCCUCUUCUCUCGUCUGUACCAGGGUGGUUCCUAUAGCCACGGGCGCCAAUACCACAAGACCAUUUUCUUCAUUGUCUACGUCACCCUUAUCUUUGUCAUUGGGACGGUUUACGUCGCUUUCAAUAACUACAUCACUCAGGAGGGCUUCAUCAAUCAACGGAAUUAUCCCGGAGGACCUAGCGCGUUCGAAGAGAACACGAGUAGCGUACCACUAAACGCUGCUUUUACACUGUCAGAUUGGCUGGCGGAUGUGCUCAUGAUCUGGCGUUGCAUCGUCGUAUAUCGCGACUCGCGCUUUUAUUGGGCUGUUGCCGGAUUCAUUAGCCUCCUCUUCAUCGCCUGUGUAGGACUCGGUAUUGCAUGGCUCGCGUCCAUCUCCCAGAACACACAAUGGAUGGUUGGAAGCUUCUUACUCGCUUACCUCGUCCUCUCCCUCGCCGUCACCAUUAUUCUUUCCCUGCUCAUUACUCUCCGCAUUUUAUACCAUCGUCAACGCAUCACGCACGCCCUCGGCAAGGGGCACACAUCCCUGUACACAAGCAUAGUGGGCAUGGUCAUCGAAAGUGCGGCGGUGUACUCCGUGUGCUCCGUCGCGUAUCUUGUCAGCUUCCUCGCGGACCAUCCCUCCGAAUAUGCAUUGCUCCAAAUUCUUGGCGAAGCACAGUGCAUCGCCCCACUCCUUAUUAUCUACCGCGUCACACAAGGGAAGGUCUACACCGCGCACAGCGCCUCGGGCACCGUGCACUCGCCGUCGAUCUCGCACCUCGAGCGGCGUAGCGGCGUGACGCGCGCCUCGACGCGCGGGAGCCGCCACCUCAGCGUUCCCUACCCGCCCUCGCUCUCGCGCGCCGCGUCGCAGCAUUUCGUCGGCCAUAGCAAGGCCUCCGAGGGGCGGCUCGCGGGCAUCCCGGACGACGACGGAGACCUCGGGCUGCCGCACGAGCUUGCGCCGUACCAGGCGUACAGCCGGACCAAUAGCCAUAGCCACAGUUACGGCGACGUGGAGGGUGGGGUGGGGAUGCCGCUGCGCAAUCUGCAGAUCGCGGUGC